AUGAAUAAGCAGAACGCGCCAAGUGAAGACUACGAUUCGAUCUAUAAAGUCAAUUUUGAUAACCCGUAUUACAAUAGUGAAGACUUACUAGAUAAAUUUUACGGACACGAAAAUUCGUAUAGUAAUUAUGGUGAUUAUAAACGGUAUUAUUUGAAUCCAUCUAACCCGAUCCCCAAGACGAGGGUUAAGUUCAAGAUUAGUAGUAGGAUAGUUCAGACUAAGUAUGGAAAGUUACAGGGCAUUGUGUUGGCGAUGGACGAACAUAGAUAUUUGAGUCCACUCGAAGUGUUCUUAGGUGUCCCGUAUGCUACUCCUCCUGUAGGUUCCAAUAGGUUCAGUCCAACUAGAACACCAUCACCCUGGGAAGGUGUCCGAGUCUCUGAUCGGCCGGGAGCAGCCUGUCCACAAAAGUUGCCCGAUUUCGAUGAUGAGAAACUACUACUCGAGAAGAUGCCCAAAGGACGAUUGGAAUAUAUCAAAAGACUGAUGCCGUAUCUUAAGAACCAAAGCGAAGAUUGUCUGUAUUUAAAUAUAUUUGCGCCGUUGCAGAUGGAUGAGACAAAGAUAGCGCUGCCUGUAUUAGUGUAUAUUCAUGGAGAUAGUUAUUCCUGGAGCUCCAGCAGUCCUUACGAUGGCGCUGUUCUGGCCAGUUAUACUGAUCUUGUUGUUGUUACUCUAAACUUCAGACUGGGAGUUCUAGGUUUCCUCAAUGCAAAUCCAACUCCUCACUUGAAGGCACGGGUCGCUAACUAUGGACUAAUGGACCAAAUAGCAGCGUUGCACUGGGUCCAACAGAAUAUUGCGCUCUUUGGCGGUGACCCAACGAACAUCACCCUUAUGGGACACGGGUCAGGGGCGGCCUGUAUUAAUUUUCUGAUGAUAUCACCCACUGUUAUGCCAGGUCUAUUUCAUAGAGCCAUACUUCUAUCUGGUUCAGCUCUGAGCUCCUGGGCCAUAGUAGACGAUCCAGUGUACUACUCCCUGAAACUAGCUAAACACCUGAACUGUUCGAUCCCAGACGAUCUUGGAAAAGACCACGAGGUUAUAGUGGAUUGUUUACGGGAAGCGUCCAUAGACGAAUUGCUAUCUGUUGACAUAUCAGCGCCGAAUUUCCUCACAGCCUUCGGCCCCUCCGUAGACGGGGUAGUAAUAAAAACAGAUUUCGCAAAGGAUUUCCUGACUGUACAUGGUUCAGGGGAUUUUCCCAGUUUCGGGCCGUUGAAUAACAUGUUCCAAAAUGUACAUAGCAAGAGGAGCGAUAGUGGGAGACGGCUAUUCCAGAAUAAAUAUGAUUUACUGUUCGGCGUGGUCACUUGUGAGGCGUUAUGGAAAUUUUCGGCGAACGAUAUACAGAAUGGAAUCGAGGCGGAGAAGAGAGAUCGAAUGUUGAGGACAUACGUACGGAACUCCUACACAUAUCAUCUAAGUGAAAUCUUCUACACGAUCGUCAAUGAGUACACGGAUUGGGAACGAACGGUAGAGAGCCCAAUAAAUACCCGUGAUGCCGCCGUAUCUGCAUUAUCGGAUGCACAAUAUGUAGCUCCUCUCGUUCAGAGUGGAGAUCUUCUCAGUGGAGGACCUAAGCCGACAACAAGCGACGAAGAUGGACCUGGAAGACCAACUAAAACCUAUUUCUAUGUAUUCGACUAUCAGACCAAAGAUGGCUUUUAUACUCAGAGAAUGGGUGCGGUGCACGGAGAAGAACUACCGUAUAUGUUCGGUGCUCCAUUGGUGCAAGGUUUCGGACAUUUUCCUCAGAACUACACAAAAUCAGAAGUUGCAUUAGCUGAGUCUAUGAUGUUGUUCGUUGCUAGUUUUGUUAAAAAUGGGAAUCCUAACGACAAUACACGUCAAGAAGCUCUGCUCCCAGCUUCGAGGGAGAGAAAUAAGUUUCGUGGCAUGAAUUGGGAGGAAUACGACUCUACACAUCAGAAAUAUCUGGAAAUAGGUAUAAAACCUCGUCUCAAAAACCACUAUAGAGCUCACCAGCUCUCUGUGUGGUUACGACUAAUUCCUGAGCUGCACCGAGCCGGCAUGGAAGACGUCGCAACGAGGCACAAUCUAUUCAGAAACCACAACGAUCAAGAUCUAUACGAGGGUAUCGUCCGCCCGGAUCCCUUAGCACGCACGGAUAACGAAAUUAGACGCAACUCCACUUAUUCCGAUACCGCGCUCACAACGGUCGACACGAUUAUUGCGACUUGCGUCACUAUUGUCCCUAAUAGGGACUUACAACCUUAUAACAAUACGGACACACUCGCAAGUUUGGAAGCCGCUGGCUACGCGGCGUAUUCUACUGCACUAAGCGUCACUAUCGCCAUCGGGUGUUCCUUGCUAAUCCUCAACGUCUUAAUCUUUGCCGGAGUAUAUUACCAGAGAGAUAAGUCGCGCUCUCGCGGGAAACAGCAGCGGUUCAACGAAAAACAUUUUGAAACAAUAUCCGGGAAACAUUCUCAUUACCAUAUCGACCCGACGCUCGCGCCGAGCUUAGUUGUGGAUGUUGAGCGGCAAAAUAGAAAGAAGCUGGAUCAGAGCUUAUCCAAUUUAAACUUCAAGGGCCCGUUAGAUGGGAAGUCGCCCAGUCCGACUUUGAGUAUAGAUAAUAUGAUGUUACCUAGUAAAUUGGGGAGUAGAGGGAAUAGUUUUCGUUUGCCAAAUGCUUAUCAAGGGUACGCUACGUUGCCUAAGAAUAUGGGGCAAGCGCACUUCGGGAAUGGUUCUGGGUCGCCGAGGGAUGACAGAGUGGCUCAUGCAACGUUGAGGCGAGGUAAGAAUCUUCAUCCGCAAAAUUUGCCUCAAGCGGCGAUCGAUGAGAUGAGAGUGUGA